AUGCAUCUUGUAUUCGACUUUGACGGCACAAUCACCCAGCAAGACUCAAUUGGAGAGCUUGCCCGCUCAGCCAUUGAGAUACAGCGCAACAGACAUGGCCAUGAGCUACAAGCGACAUGGGAACAGGUAGUCCAGUCCUACAUUGCCGAUUAUAGACACUACAAGGACAACCAUCCAUCACCAGAAGAUACGCGGACUUGCGUAGACCACGAGAUUGACUUCUUAUCGGGCAUGAAGGAUGUGGAGGAGACGUCUCUACAGCGAAUCGCCGAGUCACGUAUCUUCACCGGUCUAGAUGCCGAGACCUUGUCGCAAGCUGGCACCGAUGCUGUAAAAGCAGGGAGAAUCAAGAUCAGAGAUGGAUUCACGGAUGUUAUGGAUCUCGUAACAGAGAGGGGAUGGAGUGUGAGCGUAAUAUCCGUGAACUGGUCCCGCGCUUUUCUACGAGGAGCUCUUUCACCCCAUAAGCUCGAUGUCAUCGCCAAUGAGCCAGCCCUGGACGGAAGCAUUACCGGCCCGGAGUUUUUCAAAGGAAGAAUGACGAACGCGCGUGAAAAGAAGCAGGCAUUGAAGCACAUCAUCAAGGAGAAGGAUGGGAAGGUUAUUUACUUUGGGGAUUCGACGACGGAUAUGGAGUGUUUGCUCGCAGGGGGAGUCGUCAUAGCUGAUAACGAGGAUUCCACUUUGUUAAAGACGUUGAGUAGGAUAGGAGUCGAUGUUCCGCAUGUUGGGGAGAAGAGAGACUCUAAGGUGUCUUGGGCGAGGGACUUUCGGGAGGUGCUUGAUAGUGGAUUGUUAGAUAGGUAG